AUGGUGCAAGUUUGUUGUGUGUGCUGCAAUACCAGCAACAAUAAUAAAAACGUUUCUUUUCAUUUUUUUCCAAAAGAUAUAUCUAAAAAAACUGUGUGGCUUAAUGCACUUAAUUUAACAUCAAUACCAAAUUGGAAGAAAGUUUGUAGUGCACAUUUUAGUGCUAAUGAUUUUAUAUUUAGCAACAAUCGUAAUAUUCUCCAAAAAACUGCAGUACCAACCAGAUAUUUUAAAUUGAUGGAGGAACAUAGUUAUGCUGAUAAUAUAUCAAUAAGUAGUCCGUGUUUAAUGAUUUCUGAUGUGUAUGAUAGUUCACCAUCUAGUUCUAGGACAAAAUGUUAUGAAAAUGUAAACGUUGUUGAUGUGUAUGAUAGUUCACCAUCUAGUUCUAGGACAAAAUGUUAUGAAAAUGUAAACGUUGUUGAUGUGUAUGAUAGUUCACCAUCUAGUUCUAGGACAAAAUGUUAUGAAAAUGUAAACGUUGUUGAUGUGUAUGAUAGUUCACCAUCUAGUUCUAGGACAAAAUGUUAUGAAAAUGUAAACGUUGUUGAUGUGUAUGAUAGUUCACCAUCUAGUUCUAGGACAAAAUGUUAUGAAAAUGUAAACGUUGUUGAUGUGUAUGAUAGUUCACCAUCUAGUUCUAGGACAAAAUGUUAUGAAAAUGUAAACGUUGUUAAAACUUCCCCGCCACCUCUGUUUAAUCUCUGCACAGAUGUAGAAGUGAUAACUCCACCAAGAAAAAAAAGGAUUUGGAAUCCCAGCCGAUUAGGAGAUUUAAGUGAUGAAGAUUUUUCAACUCCCAAAAGAAGAAAAAAAAAUCUUUGCUUAGUAAGAACAACUGUUAAAAAUAUUCGUCGAAGAAAUAAAGUAUUGAGUCAAAGAAACCAACGUCUCAAAAAUAAAGUAUCUUCGCUGCUGGAUAUAAUAAAUGAAUUAAAAAAUAAAUUGCUUAUUUCUGAGCAUGCUGCUAUAAAUUUGGAGGCUAUGGGCUCAGAUGUAUUACAAUCUAUUGUAAAGAAAUCUUUAGCAGGAAAAAAACAACCAUUCAGUAAGGAAAUAAAAGAAUUUGCAGUCACUUUACAAUAUUAUUCCCCUCGAGCUUAUCUGUAUGUAAGGAAAAUAUUUUCUAAUGUUCUUCCCCAUCCUCGUACAUUAAGGCGCUGGUAUAUGGUCGUAGAUGGGAAGCCAGGCUUUACAUCAGAAGCUUUUGAGCAGAUAAAGAAAAAAGUUAAUUUAGGUCCAGUGUACUGUAAUCUUGUAAUUGAUGAAAUUAGAAAGUUAUAUUCAAAGAAGCCAUACAACUGUGCAAUUAAUAAUGAUAACUUUGAAAAAUAUCAACUUUUUACUAUGGAAUUUCAAAAAUAUAUCAAUGAUCUGAAAUUUGAAGAUGGAACAAAUGUUAUUGAUUCUAAGCGUAAGACAGGUUUCAAAGGAAUUGCUAUGGGUUUACAAAGUGCUCUUGACUUAUUCAAAUUGUUAAUUUCUAAAAAUCAUAUGACAUUUUUCAUAACAUAUAAGAUAAGUCAGGAUCAUUUAGAAACUUUUUUCAGUGCAGUACGUAGUAAAGGUGGGUACAAUGACAACCCAACAUGUCGCCAAUUUCAGGCAGCGUACAAACGGUUAUUGGUGCACAACAGUAUAAUGGGUUCAGUGUAUGGCAACUGUUCUAUUUUAGAUAACACUAAUAUAGAAGCUGUAAGUGGUAACAAAUUAUCUAAUGAAAAUGAAGAAGAGUUAAAUUUUAAUUUUAACUGGCAAAUUGAAAAGCCUUUGCUCCAUCAUGACUAUUUCGAGAAUGUACAACACUUGAAUCCGUACAUUGAAGAUGUUUGUGUUUACAUUGCUGGAUUUGUAACAAUGAAAGCAACUCAAAAAAUAGCAUGUACAUCUUGUACAUCACAUUUAUUGGCGACAACUCAAAACAGCAAAUUAGCGACCGUUAAGGAUAGAGGGUCUCUAAUAAAACCCAGUAUGGAUGUCCAGACAGUGUGCAUAGUUACUGAACAAGUCUUCAGGGAAUAUAACUAUGUCAAUAUCCAAAGCAUAAUGGUUAAAAUCGCAUUACAGAUUAAAGCAAAUUUAGAAAAUGUGACCGAACUAACACCCGACGGCGAAGACUUUCGAUGGUAUUUAAAGUUUCGAUGUACAAAUUGUGGUGAAGAAUCUGACAAAUGGAUAUACUUAUCUCAAGAUAUAACAGUCCCAAUGAAAGGAAGUAGAGGCCAAGCAAAUUUAGUUACCAAAUGCAAAAUGUGUUCGAGAGACAGUUCAUUGGAUAUUUUACCAGACACUAUUUCAAAGUAUACAAUAGAAGACUCAAAUAAAUUUAAAAGUAUUGUCACAUUUGAUUGCCGCGGUAUAUCAAUCAUUGAUUUUUCUCCUAGAAAUGGGUUUAAGUGUUGUGGAAUUGAAACAAACACUAAAUUCGAAGAUGUAAAUUUAGAAGAAAAAGAAUGGGUUGAUUAUGAUGAAAGACAGAACCAGCCUGUUGGAAUUUAUGAUGUCCAAUAUCAGUUUGUAACCACCAAAUAA